AUGCAGCGCGUCUCUGCUUUCCUGCCGUCUUGGGACAAGAGGAAUUCGGGCGCCAGCAACAAGCCCACCGGCUUCUUCGGCUGGACACAUCGAAACAACCACGCCCCAAAGCUCCCCUCCAGGAUCAACAUCGCCGCUGCAAAUGGCCAUCGCGUCCACCGUGAGGCCUACUGGCCUGCUUCGCUCGACGUCGAGUGCGACAAGGCCGCUCGCAUCCUCAAGUCCUUUUGCACCGAUGGCUACCUCGUGCCCGACGACGCCCCGGCUACAUCAUCCACGUCGUCCGCAGCAGACUCCCCUGGCUCCCCGGCACAGGCCCCCAGGAAAAUCCCAAAACGCAUCAUUCAGAACGCCGCGGGCAUCGCCGUCUUCUCCUGCAUGAGGAGCGGCUUAUGGAUGACGGGUUCCGGAGGCUCCGGCAUCCUUAUUGCGAGAAAGUCGGACGGCACCUGGUCACCUCCCUCGGGCAUCAUGCUGCACACGCCCACCCUCAGCUUCAUCAUUGGCGUCGACGUCUACGACUGCGUCCUCGUCAUCAACAACCUUGCCGCCCUCGAGUCCAUCACGCGCCCCCGAGUCACCCUGGGCGAGGAUGUCGGCCUGACCAACGGGCCGUCCGUCCUGCUGGACUCGGACGAGCUGCACAUCAACUGGCGCGAGCUCGGCAACACCGUCCUCGCCUACAUGAAGGCACGCGGCCAACACCAAGCCGUCAACCUGCAUGGCUGCAUCCUAGCCGAGCGAGCCAACGAGAAUGAACGCUUCUACGAGAGCAACUCGACCCAGAUGGACAUUCUGGCCGGAAAUGUGGGGCGCCAUGUGGACGAGGCCAAGCCCCUGUUCGAGGUCAUCAAGAUGGCCGAGGGGAGGACCGACUUUGACUCGGCCGUCAUCGGCAACAUUGCCUUCCAGUCGGCGCCCGGAGACGCCGUAAUUGCCACUCCCAAAUCGACGUGUGGCUCUCCCCGUCCGUCAUUUGGCAUUCCCAAAGCCGACGAUCCGGAUCCGUUCGGCGUCUUGGCCCUGGAAAUGGCCGGCCUCGAAAUCCGCGAGGCCGGAACUCGUCUGAGGCCGACCAGCAGUCAGCUUGAACACAGUUCCGUCCCGCUGAGCCCCUCCAUGUCCAAGUUUAGUCGACAGAGCAUCGAGACGUAUGCGACGAGGAGCAACCGAGCCAGCAUCAUGUCCUCUCGGACCGUCAAGAGCCAGGCCACGGAUGCCUGCACUCGGACCGAUGCCGUCAACACCCCCGAGACGACGCCCAGCCCGGGCCAGAGCGACGAUGGCCAGGGCCGAGCCUCAAUCGACCGUAUGCCCGAGGUCAAGGAGGACGAAGAGGUUGACUACACCCAGGUCGACCUGCCCCCCCUUCGCAGCCUCAGUCAAGAACAUUCGAUUGGCGCCGUUCUCGCCGCCGGCUCUCCAACUGUCUACACCAAGAACGGAGAGGAGGAGGAAACCAACGACGCGGAUGAUGAAGAUGACUUGGACGACGAAGACGCCGAGGAGCCAGUCGUAAUCGAAGCGCGAGGCAACGUGGUCACGAUUCAAAAAAGGCUUCCUCCGCCGCUUCCGAAGAGGAGCCCGGCCAGGAACUCGCGAUCGGACAAGGCCGAGAUCGAGGCCAAGGUGUCCAGCGUCGCAAUCCCGCUGCGACGGUCCUUGGGGGGCGCAGAUGGGAAUGUGGAAAAUGGUGAUGACCAAGUCACUUCUGUGGACCUGAAAACAGAAGAGAUUGAAGAAGGCAGUGUUGCGGAGCACGAGAUCGGUACGGAUAAGACCGGUACGGACACGGUCGACCAAGCCGUUUCCCAGGAACCCGAGGCCGACAUGACCCCGUCUAAGACGCGCGUCUCCAUUAACUCAACCAUGGACGCUGCUGUUGCUGGGCAAGACCAGGCGGAGAAGGCUUCUGGGGAAGAGGACGGGGAGCUCGCGGAUGCGGAGCAAGAGAGGGGAUCUCUUGAAACCCAGCUGACAAUCAAAGUGCCUGGCUCUGCGGAACGCCAGGACGGAAAGACUGAGAUGACACAAGCCCGAGAGGAUGGCUGCAAGUUCGAUGAAGCCAACUCUCCCGAGGCGGCCCUGGACAAGUUUGCAACGGACGAGACAGACGAGGAUGCGGUCCGAGAUGGGAGCGGGCACGAGCAAACGGACAACUCGGACUCGACCACUCAUGAGAAGCACACCUCGUCCAUUUAUACGGGGGCGACAGAAGAUCGCUGGAGCUGCGACGGAUCGUCUGUCACGACACCCACCUCGGAACGGCGGUUUUCCCUGUUGGUCGGUGAGACGGAGGGAGACAGGCCUACAAAAUCGAUGAAGGAGGAGGAAGCGGAGGCGCAUGCGGCGGCGCAAAAGUUGAUGAGCGGACCCGAGAAGACAGUUCUUGAGGCUGUCCCGACGGCUCACGCGCUAUCGACGACGACAUGA